UGAUUUUACCACAGAGGAGGAUGUCCAUGUCUAUUUGAGGGUGUGAUGGCAGAACAGUGACGAAAGAAAUUAGCUACUGAUAGGUUGCCGCUCAAGAGGUCAAAGCGUUGUUGUGAUAGACUUAUUAUCACUAUAUUAUCUUUCAAUCACGCACGUGAAAGGUGACAACGGGUGUAGCCUAGUGUCUGCAGGUCCUCCGGCUCGCUCAAUCCUCAAUCCACAUGGGACCGAUUCCUGGCGGACGCAGGUUACUGGGCAGCAGCUUUGUUCGACUCCAGCGCGAGCACAGCUCUCGUGAACUUCACUAGGAUUCAGUAAUUAGAGUCCAGGUGUAGCUAUUUCACGACGUCGCGAAUUGGAGCCAGUUGUGAAUUCUUUUUUCUAUUGCUAGGCUAUCCAGACUGAGCGCAUCAGGUUUGCCAGCAUAUAGACACACCUAGCGGUUACCACCUUCAAAAUAAAUAGCCUGUUUAUUUAAUGAAAACUGCAAAUUUCAACUUCAAAACAUUUAGCGACCAACGAAGAAUUGUAUUGUAAAUUAGAACAAAAUAGACAUGUUCGCAUUAUUUUUUUCAGUUGGCAAAUAGGCGUUUAUUUGAAGUUCACAUCUUCUAAUUUCCGGCAUUGUUUCACCUUACAGUGUGUAAUUUGGCGCUAGUAUACCUGCAGCCCUGCAAGGAGUCUCCCUCCUUCCCUCACUGUCUCUGGGUGUGUCCCCAGUUGAAAGCCUGAACAUAUCGCCCAGGUGGGACAUUUUUGGAGUGCCUCAUUGGAACCGCAACCUGCUGAGAAGAUGACGGACUCUACAUUGCCGGACUCCACCGCCGUCCCGUACCCGGUUGUAGCAGACCCCACGGCGUUGAACGGCCAGUGCGAGGAGACGGGCUCCCAGCAGCAGCAGCCCAAUACAGAAAGCCAGGGAGAGGGUUUGAAGAUGGACCAGGAGAUGAAGAUAACAGACAGCAUAGAGGAUGGAGGUCUUCUGGAAAGCAGCAUGCGUCUGAAGCCUCAUGAAGCACAAAGUUACCGAAAGAAAGCUCUGUGGGUGUCUUGGGUGUCCAUAGUGAUCACAAUCAUCCUGGCCAUUGCUGCUUUCACUGUUUCCAUCAUGCGCCACAGUGCUUCAGCUUUUGGAUUUGCUUUUGAUGCCACGCUGGAUGUGUUAUCUUCUGUCAUUGUACUGUGGCGGUACAGCAAUGCUGCAGCCGUCCACUCAGCACACCGUGAAUACAUAGCCUGUGUUAUCCUGGGUGUGAUUUUCAUCCUGUCCUCCUUGUGCAUUAUGGGUAAGGCCAUCCAUGACCUGGCCACCAAGCUGCUACCCGAAGUGGAUGACUUCCUGUUCAGCGUGUCCAUUGUCAGCGGCUUGGUGUGCAUCACCCUGGCUGUGAUCAAGUUCAUGCUUGGCAAAGUGCUCACGAGCCGGGCCCUCAUCACCGAUGGAUUCAAUUCGCUGGUGGGGGGAGUCAUGGGGUUCUCCAUCCUCAUCAGUGCUGAAGUGUUCAAGCAUGAACCCCAGGUGUGGUACCUGGACGGGACAAUAGGCGUCCUCAUAGGUCUUAUCAUCCUCGCCUAUGGAGUCAAGCUGCUGCUCGACAUGGUCCCACGGGUCCGACAAACCAGGAACUACGAGCGUUUUGAGUGACGAACCACGGAGGAAAGAAAGAGGGAGAAGACGAGGGUUUGGGAGGGAUGGAAGGAGGGCUGACCGACUGACUGACUGACAGGGCAGGGACGGGGGUUACAGUUCCCACAGUAUCAGACGGUCACAUUCAGUCCACGAGGGGCCAGCGGAGGCUCCAGUGUCUUUACAGUCCUCCCAUUCAAGGACUUGAACUGUGUAUCCAGGCUGAUGACAGUGCGGGUGGAUACAAUUCUUGGCGCCUUUUAAGUGUGUUACAAUUUGGUGUUCAUAUUAUAUAUUUAUCUGUCUUUUAACAGUGAAUGGGGCAGUGUGUUCUUUCAUCCCUCUGUAUUUAAAGGAGACAUAUAUGAGACAGGAGACAUAUAUGGACCCAGAGUCUCCAUAACUCCUUAGAAGCAACAGACUUUUGUACAGAAAGUUGACGUACAGUUCCUCAGUUACAGCCCAUUGCCCUGUCAAAACACAGCAGUUUAUUUUCCCCCGGGGUUGCCAGAGGCCUUUGCUCAGCUGUGCUGUAAAAUGUUGCAGUGUGGCAGGUCACACUGAUGGAUGUAGCUGAUGUAGCAGUGCAGGAUUAAUGGUGUUUUACCUUUUAUAUCACUAGAGAGGAUAUAUUAAUACAAGGCCCAUUUGGCAUGGGGAGCAGCUAUAUAAGUUUGCGCACACAAACACACACACAUACACACACACAAAGGACGAGUAACACGUGAGUUGCUGUUUGUAAUAUUUAUCUAGACUGUUGUGGCGGGAGCAGAAGCCUGGAGUGAGCACAGUUUCAGCAACCUAAUGCCAGCGCCAGCUUACAAUCCUGGAGGAUAGAAAUCCUGUUUUUGGCCUCCAUUCACUAAGAGUCAUGACCUGACUCGGCGUCCAAUUUACUGAACAUGUAGCAAAAAUAGCAAAAGCUAGCUCAACUACUGAGCUCUUGCUAUUUUCCUUCUCCUUAUGAAAUUAUAAAAAAUAAUUUAAUUGAAACCUUUUGUUUUUUGUCUUAACGAUGUGCACUAAGCAAUGUGGACUGAUGUGUAAACUUUAUUGAAAAGUAAAGAGGAAAGGCAAUCAGUUGUGUGUAUGUACCCUCAUUUCAUAGUACACAACAACUAGAUGAGCAAGAAAGAAGGAAAUCAGCGUUACAGUGACUGAAGGAAAGAAAAGGAGAGAAAGGAGUGAUUGUGAUGGACGUGGAGUAAAAAGGGGCCAGCAGACACAGGUUGAACACGCUGCACAGAUCAUGGCUUAAGGCUGACACCUUUUUUGUUUUGAAGUUGAAGUGACAAACCCAAGAAUAUAACUUGCACAUGCAGAACUUGCACCAUCUACUGACCAGAAGAUGUACAUGUCACGCACGUUAAUGUGUUUGAAUGUGCAUGUAAUACAGACAAAGCUCUGCACCGAGACUUAAGACACUUUAGGUCAGAGCAAAGCUUUUUAAAUACAUAAGACAAAAGAAAAAGUUUAUUCCUGAACACUGUCAGCACUCAGUUUAUAAAAGAUACAACUUUUCAGUCAUGGCUCAUUGUCAGGCUUCAAAUUUACAAUAUCAAACAACUUUAGACUAAAG